AUGUUCGAGAAACUCAAAGCCAAGAUCGCAGCCCACCACUCUUCCCACCCUUUAGCCAAGCAACGAGCCGAGUUCCUCCUCGUCACCGCCGACACACCCCUCGAGAGGAAGGCACACUUCACCGCCGAAGUGGUAGGUGCCGGUGCGGCAUAUCAGGCUUUCCAGGCUUUCGAGAAUAACGAAGCGCACUUUAAGGGGAUCGAAGGUAAAGUUUCGCAUGCUAGAUCCAAAGAGAUCAUCGUAGGUCUAGCUGAAGGUAGGGUAGUCAAACUUGUUGAGGAAAAGAGACUUCCUUUCACCUCCGAGACUGAAAAGGUCAAAUUUAUCAAACAAGCUCAAAAGCACGCCGCGGCAGAUGCCAAGCGAGCCGUCAGAGAAUCAGGCUUAUACUCUCAACAUGAACUUGAACCUCUUGAUGCGGAUGAGAAGAUCGCUGCUAAGAUUAUGUAG